UUAUGUCUGUUACCCAUCUCCAUUCACCUGCACGUGCUCGACUUGGUUUGAUAACAACCAAAAUCCGCCGCCGUAGGAUUUUUUAUAAACCCAGGCGAGAAAUUAGAGAGAGUUGUGGUAAAGCACAUGGCGUUUCGUUCGUGACAUUUGCCGAUACAGUUCAGACUUCACUAUGUCCACAUCAAAUACACUUGCGAUAGUUCUGCUGUCGCUGUGUGUCGCACUCGCUGAGCGCUCAACACUAGAUGACUACAUAAACACGUGCAUGGAUGGCGUCAGCCACAAGAGCAAGCCUGGCAAGGAGGAUGAACUUUUCCAACAGUGUGCCCCGUGGAAGAACCGUUCCUGCUGUACAACGGCAGUAACUGAAGACAUGCACGUCUCCCCUACCUGGUAUAACAUGGACUGGAGCCACUGUCCCACUCCGCUAUCGGAACCCUGUCAGAAACACUUCAUGCAAGACCUCUGCUUCUAUGAGUGCUCUCCUAACGUGGGUCCAUGGCUGGUACCUCAUAAUAUCAGCAUCCGCAAUGAGAGAUUUGUAGGGGUUCCACUGUGCCGGACAGAAUGCGACGCAUGGUUCAAUGCAUGCAAGGAUGACUACACAUGCAUGGAAGACUGGUCAAAGGGAUGGGAUUGGUCUACGGGCUCAAAUAAGUGUCCUGCUGCUUCGACCUGCCAGACCUUUCAAGAGGUCUUCAAGACAGCCGAGAAAAUGUGUCAGACCGUUUGGGGUGGAUCGUUUGAGGUUGUGGACGACAAAGAGCCGUGCAUGCUGCUGUGGUUUGAUGGAGAAAAUAACCCAAACGAUGAGAUAGCAUUGAAGGCAGCUGAGGCUCUACUAACAGUUGGAUCCGCUCCAACCCUACAUACUGUAUGGAAAACGCUAAUGGCAUGUGCUACUCUAUGUCUUGUAAUUCUACAUGAUCUAAGAUAGCCUUCUCAAAUGUAUGUGAGACGCUUAAACACGACUAGGUUCUACUUAAUUUUGAUCAACUGUCACCACCGAUGUACUCAACUGUUUUGGUUAUUUCUAGGCCCGGGCGCCUUGUGCGACUAGUGUCGUAGUCAUGAUUAGUGGUUUACUAAGUCAAGUCAGGACUACUGUUUUUCAACUACUCGGUUAAUCGUGCUGCCAGGACUUCUACAACAAUAGUCAUGACUACUACUACAUGAAUGUUGUACCUGUAUGGUGAACCAAUUGUGGUGCUCACAACUAUUCGGGACUAUUUCGGAAGUUGCCACUAUUUGAGGCGCAACUAGUCGAGUGGCAAGUUUCACUAGUUGCCCAGGCCUAGUUAUCUCCACAUUUUUAUCUUUUUUCUUGUUGUCUUUUUGGUUUUGGGUAGGGCUUCAUCAG